CGCUAAUCCCACUUGAGGGAAGGGAAAAAAGUAAGCGAGGGGUGUUACAUUUCCGAUUCUCGGGAAAUAAAAAAUGAUUUGCGACUACCUCUACGUGCAACUCAACCUCGUUGUCUUCUCGUCGAUUUUGAUUUCUCAGGGUUUGGCAUCUACGCCUUCACCCGAAGUAUCAGCUCUGCAGGAUCUAUACAAGGCUUUAAACUACCCUCCUCAGCUUCAAGGUUGGAAUGGUAGUGAUCCAUGCGAGGAGUCUUGGAAAGGAAUCGCUUGUUCCGGGUCAUCAGUUAUACACAUAAAAAUUCGCGGACUGAACCUCACUGGAAAUUUUGGAAGCAUGCUCCGUGAUCUUCAGAACUUGAAGGAACUUGAUGUCAGUUCUAAUAGCAUAGGUGGAGAAAUACCAUUUAGCUUACCCCGCAAUGCAAGAAAUAUGAAUUUAAGCCACAAUCUCUUAAAUGGACCCAUUGGCGAUGUAUUUACUGGCCUGGAUGAUCUCAAAGAAAUGGACCUCUCAUACAACAAUUUCUCAGGAGAUCUUCCAAGAUCGUUUGGUUCCUUGAAAAACCUUGAUAAAUUGUUUCUGCAGAAUAACAGAUUUACUGGAUCAGUCACCUACCUGGCUGAACUUCCACUUUCAUAUCUGAACAUCCAAGACAAUCUGUUUAGUGGCAUUCUUCCACUGCACUUUCACACCAUACCGAAUUUACGGAUUGGAGGGAAUAACUUCCAUUCAGAGGACAGCUCUCCUCCCUGGUCUUUUCCUCUGGACACUGUACCAAUAGCAGUUGAACGUAACUUUAGUCACCCACCCUCACACCCAGUUGAACAUAACUUUAGUCACCCACCCAUACACCCAGUUGAGCAUAAUACAACUGUGGCAAGUGCCAUAAGGAACUAUGCUCCUCCACCUCCCAAGGUUAGUCAGCACAAGGAAAAACAUAUGGGUCCCGGAGGAAUAGCUUUUAUGGUUGGUGCAGGAACACUAAUGGCAACUGGUGUGGCACUCUUCGUUGCAAUCCGUUUAAGUAAAAGGCGAGCACAGAUGCCAAGCUCAAAGAGCUUGGAAAGCAACCAUUUCUCUUUACAUUCUCAUCCAAGCAGUGCAACAAUAGAGGUCUCAUCUACUGCUUUAGAUGAGAGCCCACAAAUCCCGGCUUUUGAUCCUGCAUCCCUCAGGGGUCCAAUGGGAUUGCCUCCUGUGCACCACAACAACAUAGACGAAGCUUCAAGAAGAAGUUUUUCUAGAAGAAGCAGAUCCACCGGAAGGACGAAAGUUUACACCGUAUCGGAGCUUCAGUUUGCUACUAACAACUUCAAUGAAUGCAACAUUCUGGGAGAGGGUUCUCUUGGCACUGUAUACAGAGCCAAAUUUCCUGAUGGCAAAAUUCUGGCAGUGAAGAGCAUAAACUUGGCGGGUGUGUCUUACAGAGAAGAGGAAAAGUUCUUGGAUGUUAUCUGCACGGCUUCCCGAUUGAAGCACCCCAACAUAGUAGCACUGAAUGGCUACUGUUUGGAGCGGGGAAAGCAUCUUCUUGUGUAUGAUUAUGUUAGGAAUUUGACUCUGCACGAUGCUCUUCACAAAGACGUAUAUAAGCCUCUAUCAUGGAUCCUCCGUCUCCGGAUAGCUGUCGGCGUUGCUAACGCCCUCGACUACUUGCACUCAGCAUUCUCCCCACCUGUUGCCCAUGGAAACUUGAAGGCUGCCAAUGUUCUUCUGGACGAGAAUUUGAUGCCUCGUCUUUCUGACUGUGGCUUGGCUGCUUUGAGACCACUGAGGAGCAUUCAGGCUACCGAGGCUCCUAUUGAUGUAGGUUACCUGUCACCUGACCAUGGCAGAGCAGGAGGUAGCAGCAGAAAGAGAGAUGUGUAUGCCUUUGGGGUACUGCUUCUGGAAAUGCUAACGGGAAGAAAAGCAUUCGAUGGUGGCAGGCCAAUUGAGGAGCAGUACCUAGUGAAGUGGGCUUCACCCAGGCUUCACGAUAACGCCAGUUUGGAGCAGAUGGUGGAUCCCGGUAUGAAGAGGACAUUUUCAUCCAAGGCUCUUUCUCGUUAUGCUGCUAUCGUCUCGCUCUGCAUACAGCCUUCGAGGCAUUUUCGUCCUCAGAUGUCAGAAGUUGUGGACUCGCUUGUAUCAUUCUCGCAAAAGUUCAACAUAGCAAAGGGCGGUGGUAGAGUAGGAGCAGAUGGUGCCAACUUCAUUGAACUUGAAUCAUUUGAGAAAUCUUUCCGUUCAACAAACUCACGAUUUAUGGGUUCACCGGCGUUGAGCCAUGUAUCCGCCUAAAUCAUUUUGAUUGCUACAUGUUUUUCAAUCAUAAUAAAGUUAGUAAUUCAUCCAUCAAGGAUUGAGAUCCUCUAAAAUGAAAAAUUCCU